CCGCAUAUAUGACGUCAUCACCCAUCGCCUGACACACGCUCUUCUCAUGUGAGUGGCCUCUAGUAUCUCAUCCUCCAGGGUUACACAUUAAUGUAGACGACAUCCUGUGAGUGUAAGAUACCCAGCAGCCAUCCCCGGGUGUCAGGAGGACUGAGCAGGACCCAGAGCCCCAUCAUUGGUGCCUCCACCUCACUCACUGAUACAUGAGAGACACAAUGACCAGAAGAUCCUGGGAUUCAGUCAGCAGCUGAAUGAUCUUGUUGAAAAGGUCUCUAUGCAGGAGCGGGAGUAUAUAGAUGAACACAGGGGUCUGUACAAGGACGAGAUGAUGGAGAAUCACCGACCCCUCGCAUCACUGGAUGGGCCCAGUAACAGAGAUACCCCAGAGAGAUGUCCUCUAUAUUCCCAGGAUUGCACCAAGGAUAAUCACAGGAUCCCACAGGAGGAUCAGGAUGAAGAUCUGAUUAAUAUUAAGGUAGAAGAUCUAGAAGGAGAAGAGAUGUAUGUCACUGAUAUAAAGGUAGAAGAUAUUGAGGGAGAAGAAGAGACGUAUGUGGCUGAUAAUAAGGCAGAAGAUACAGAGGGAGAAGAAGAGACGUAUGUGGCUGAUAUUAAGGCAGAAGAUAUAGAGAGAGAAGAAGAGACGUAUGUGACUGAUAUAAAGGCAGAAGAUAUAGAUGGAGAAGAAGAGACGUAUGUGACUGAUAUACAGGCAGAAGAUAUAGAGGGAGAAGAGACGUAUGUGACUGAUAUGAAGGCAGAAGAUAUAGAGGGAGAAGAGACGUAUGUGACUGAUAUGAAGGCAGAAGAUACAGAGGGAGAAGAAGAGACGUAUGUGACUGAUAUGAAGGCAGAAGAUACAGAGGGAGAAGAAGAGACGUAUGUGACUGAUAUAAAGGCAGAAGAUAUAGAGGGAGAAGAAGAGACGUAUGUGACUGAUAUGAAGGUAGAAGAUAUAGAGGGAGAAGGAGAGACGUAUGUGAGGGGUGAUCAGCAGUGUAUGGAGGAGGAAAUCCCUACCGAUAUCAGCACAGCAGAUGGAUUCACAAGCAGCGAUCCCUUGGAUGGACAUCUUGUUUUAUCUACAAACUGUAAAAUAGAAAAUAACAAACUCAUACGAGAAUCCUCAGACGAAAAGCCCAACAACAAAUCCCACCUUGUCAGUCAUCAGAGAGGUCCUACCAAUGAGAAACCAUUUCCAUGUUCUGAGUGUGGGAAAAGAUUUAAACGAAAAUCACAUCUUGUUACCCAUCUGAAAAAUCACACAGGAGAUAAACCGUUUCCAUGUCCUGAGUGUGGGAAAUGUUUUAUACAGAAAUCUGUUCUUGUUAGACAUGAGAGAAGUCACACAGGUGAGAAGCCAUUUCCAUGUUCUGAAUGUGGGAAAUGUUUUACACAGAUAUCUGAUCUGGUUAGACAUGAAAGAAGUCACACAGGUGAGAAGCCAUUUACGUGUUCUGAGUGUGGAAAAUGUUUUACACAGAUAUCUGGUCUUGUUAGACAUGAAAGAAGUCACACAGGUGAGAAGCCAUUUCCGUGUUCUGAGUGUGGUAAAUGUUUUACACAGAUAUCUGAUCUUGUUAGACAUGAAAGAAGUCACACAGGUGAGAAACCAUUUUCAUGUUCAGAAUGUGGGAAAUGUUUUACACAGGAAUCACAUCUUCUUAGACAUGAGAGAUGUCACACAGGUGAAAAACCAUUUCCAUGUUCUGAGUGUGGGAAAUGUUUCACACAAGCAUCUCAUCUUCAUAGACAUCACAUACAUCAUACAGGUGAGAAGCCUUUUGUGUGCUCUGAGUGUGGGAAAUGUUUUAAGCGCAAAUCACUUCUUCUUGAACAUAAGAUGCGUCACACAGGUGAGACACCAUUUCCAUGUUCUGAGUGUGGAAAAUGUUUUAUAAGAAAAUCCCAUCUUGCUACGCAUCAGAGACUUCACAUACAUGAGAAACCAUUUCCAUGUUCUGAAUGUGGGAAAUGUUUUAUACAGGAAUUACAUCGUAUUAGACAUGAGAGAUGUCACACAGGUGAGAAACCAUUUGUAUGCUCCGAGUGCAGGAAAUGUUUUAGAAAGAAAUCAUAUCUUCUUAAACAUCAGCAAACACACACAGGUGAGAAGCCAUUUCCAUGUCCUGAGUGUGGGAAAUGUUUUACACAGAAGUCACAUGUUGCUGAACAUUGGAGAAGUCACACAGGUGAGAAACCAUUUCCAUGUUCUGAGUGUGGGAAAUGUUUUACGCAGAAAUCAUGUCUUCUUAGACAUCAGAGAAGUCACACAGGUGAGAAGCCAUUUCCAUGCUCAGAAUGUGGGAAAUGUUUUUCACACAAAUCCGAUCUUGUUAGACAUCAGAAAAUACAUAAAGGAGAACAGCUAUUCCUAUAAGCGAGCAGGCAAGAAACAUGUUUUAGCAAUACAUUAAAGAUGUCACAUGUCAGACUGGCGGGCCCUGUUACUGUCACUUUGUGGCGUCGCAUCUCUCCCAGGUUGCCAGAAUUUGUCCCAUGCGGUAUUGCUGCCAAGGAUUGUUUUCCCCAUGUGGAACCUCCACCACCGGGACAUGGUCAACGCCAUUUUGC